AUGUCGUCUAGUGGCACCAUAAGUAACUAUUAUGUCGAUUCUCUCAUAGGCCAUGAAAGCGAAGAAGUUUACGGGAGUAGAUUCGUCCAGGGAGGUCACAGUGCGACCUCCAGGCCAUCAGGUGUUGCAGAGGGUUCAGAUUUUUCCUCCUGUAGCUUUGCACCAAAAUCCACCGUGUUCUCCACCUCCUGGUCCACGGUUCACCCUCAGCCGUCUGCGGCAAUGACCGGGAUCUACCACCCCUACAUGCACCAGCCCCACUUAGGGGCAGCCGACGCCGGCCGCUACGUGCGCUCCUGGAUUGAGCCCUUCCCGGGCUUCCCGGGCGGCGGCGGCGGCGGCGGCAGCGGCGGCGGCGGCAGCGGCGGCUCCGCGUCCAGCUCCGGCUCCUCCAACGGGCGCCACUACGGGAUAAAGCCGGAGACGGGAGCAGCCGCCUCCUCGUCUUCCUCCUCCUCCUCCUCCUCCUCCAAAAGGACUGAGUGCUCCUCGUCCCGGGAUUCCCAGGGGAUCGGUGUGCCCGAGUACACGUGCAGCUCCUUCCUCCAGGAGCCCCGGGAGAAGGCGGCUGCCGGCAGCUCCAAGGACCCCGCCGCCUGCAGCCACAACCCCAGCCCGAGCAGCGAUCUGAAGGAGGAGAAACAGCAGCAACUUGACCCAAAUAACCCUGCAGCAAACUGGAUCCAUGCUCGUUCAACGAGGAAAAAGCGUUGUCCCUACACAAAGUAUCAAACUUUGGAACUGGAAAAGGAAUUUCUCUUUAACAUGUACCUCACACGAGACCGCCGUUACGAAGUAGCUAGGAUUUUAAAUCUCACAGAGAGACAGGUCAAAAUCUGGUUUCAGAACAGAAGAAUGAAAAUGAAAAAGAUGAACAAGGAGAAAGGCAAUAAAGGAGACUAA